AUGUCGCACGUCAACCACGCGAGUCGGAGCAUUAAAGCAUCAAUAUGCUCAUUUAUUUCCACCAAAUCGAAAUUAGCAGAGACAACUGAAAAGGGACGGGGUUGCGAUGAAAUCCUGUACUGCACAUCACCGAGGAACACCGCCGAGGAUCACUUACCCAGCUACCGGGAUACGCUCGAUGGGGUGUGGCUUGACUCGUCCCGGGGCAGUGGGCGCCCUGAGCACAACCGCCACAUGUACACUUUGACCUCGGUUUCCCACGAACCACCCAGCUAG